UCCCAAGCAAUCCUGGACCGACUCGGAGUCAUGAAUCCAAGACAGAGCUCCUCUACCACCACCACCACCGUUUAUCUCGCCCACGUCGAUAUUGAAGCAGUAAUGCCAUUAUGGUGACAUCAAGACCAUACCUUACUCCCCUUCACGCCCUACGACUUCGCCUGAGGUCAAAAUACUAUUGGUCUCGUCUGUAUCACCCAGGUUCUACGGCACAGUACAUGCUAUGGAAGACCAGCUCCAAGCGCCAAAUCGAUCAGCUGGUAUCCAGAUUCAGGGAUCUAGAAGCCAGAAACAAGGUGAAAGAAGCCAGAGACAAGGUCGAGGCGAGAGAGCGUGAACUGGAUGAGCAACUUCGGUAUGAGGUUGCGAAUCGUUUCUGUCGAGGUCUGGUGGAAAUACUCUGCAAUAAACUAGACAAGUUAUCAAAUCUACUCUCCGAUCUGGCAUCUGAACUUCACAGGCCAGCAUUGAGAUAUGCUCCGAACGCCUUUGUACUGUUCACUUAUCAUCAUCAUAACGACAACACGCUACCAGAUAUUUUCUACGAAUUUUCGGAACAUGUCCACCAGCUGAAUGUAUCCACCCUCGAGGACAUCACGCCCAGAGCCAGGACAAUUCUUACUGCUCUCGAUACCUUCAUUAACGGUCCUUACGGCGAUGACAUACGUCUUCUAACCUACCUAUGGGCAGUCCGUGCAGGUCUGGGCAACACACGAAGCCUGUUAGCGCAUUCAGUCCCUGGUUUCGCGGUUGCUUCAGAGAUUCUUCACGAACUCAUUCCUGACCCAGAACAGCAAGCCCUGGUGGAACGUAUCUUGCCUUCUCUGAUUGAAGAAGACGGCGUCAACGAACACAUCAAAUAUUUUGCGUAUUAAUGCUGAUACCGAUCGUCGAGGCGCGAGACUAUCGUGGUAGCUCUAGAGUCUAGGUCGUUUUAUCUGGGGUCUCUCGUUUAUCCUCAAUACCCUUGUAUGAUUGUGUUUCAAAUGACCAGUUUGAGUUCUACCGUACUUCAUUUCGUUUCAGGACGGCGCUGG